AUGAAUAACAAUAUUGAAGAUAUACAAGUUAAAAGAUCUGACAAACUAGAGUUUAAAAGGAAUGAGUUCUUUCUUAAUCCAAGUAAUAGAAAAUAUGAUAGACAAUAUUUUUCAAUGUAUCAAUAUAGAUUAAAUAUUUUAAAAGAUCGUGUUAUUCAACAAGCCAUGACAAAAUGGGGUGAUGGUACUAAAAAAAUUGAUGGUCAAACUAUAAUUAAACAAGAUAAAAUAUUAGAUAUUACUAGUAAUCAAUUAUGUUGGGUUGUUGGUACAGUUUUUUGUGAUUAUCCAUUUAAAUUAAAUAUAUUAAGUGAUGUUGAAAAAGGAACUGAUGAUAUACUACCUAUAACACCUAGUAGUUAUUUAGAAGAUUUCAAAGAUUCAAUUGUAAUGAUUGAAGAUGAAUCAGGUAGAGCUAUAUUACAUGGUGAUGAAUCUUUUUUAAAUAAAAAUUUAUUAGUUACGGGUUGUAUUGUGGCGAUUUUAGGUAUUGAAAUUCAAGCUGGUAUAUUUGAAAUUAUGGAUAUAGCAUAUCCUAAAUCUAUAAGUCAAAAUCAAAAUCAAAAUCAAGUCAAUUCUUCAGGUAAAAUUGCAUUAAUAUCGGGUUUAAAUAUUGGUUUUGAAGAUGAUUUAAGAAUUGAAUUAUUAAAACAAUAUUUAAUUGGUGAAUUAGGUAAUAAUGAUGAUAAAGAGUUUAAUAGUGAGAUAGAGUCUUUAAUUAUAGCAGGUAAUUCAAUAUUACCUUUUGAAAAUUUAGAAGCAGAAAAUGAUUUAAAAAAUUUUAUAACUAGUAAUAAUUAUGGUUCAAAAAAUAUAUCAAAAUAUAAUUCAGAUAGUUUGAAGAAAUUGGAUAAUUUAUUAACGGAUUUAUUAAUUAAUUUAAAAGUCAUGGUUAUGCCAGGUGUUAAUGAUCCAGCUGAAAUAAGUCUACCACAACAACCAUUACAUAAAUCAUUAUUUAAAAAUAAUUUAAUGUUUCUAGAUACAAAUAGAUUACAAAGAUUAACUAAUCCACAAUGGUUUGAAAUUAAUAAUUUGAAAAUAUUAGGGACUAGUGGUCAGAAUAUUGAUGAUGUAAAAAGGUAUUGUUCUAAAAUUUCAAGUUUACAAAUAAUGAAGUCAAAUAUCUAUUGGCAAAAUUUUAUACCAACUGCUCCUGAUACCUUAUAUUGUUAUCCAUAUGAAAAUGAAGAUCCAUUUGUAUUUCAAGAAUUACCAAAUGUUUAUUUUGUUGGAAAUCAAGAAAAAUAUGAAUCAGAAAUGUUGGAAUAUCAAAAUAAUAAAAUUAGAUUAAUAAGUUUACCUAAAUUUAGUGAAACUGGUGAAUUUGUAAUACUUGAUUUAGAAACAUUAAAUACAGAAGUAAUAAAAAUUGACUUAUAA